AGUGACUGAAUCGUGCGAUCUUUCCACCUAGCAUUAUAUUUCUGAUUUAACAAUAGCGGUAAAUGACGAUUUCGUUCAACGAAAUGCGUGUCCACAAAAGGCUCCUGAAGCAGCGAAGCUUAGUGAUCACAGCCAUUUUCAUAGGCUUUUUAAUGGCAUGUCUUGUUAUUAAAUAUCACACUGGAAACAUGGACAGCGGUGGUUUCAAGUUUGCAUUGGAACAAUAUUUCCCUGACGAUAUUUCUUGUUACUACGAAGAAGAUAUAGAAGAUGAUUAUUGGCUACAUUACAUUGACAAAUUCAAAUCAACCGACGUGUACUUUCAUUGGACUUCGUGUAGGUAUACCAUUAAACUCGCGCACUUGUGUGCCAUAGAAGCUGCGAGCCGUGCGUAUCCAUCCGACAAAGUGUACGUGCUUUUUUGCAAACCUCUGCAGUUCAGCAUCCUACAAAAAAAACUUCUGAACAUCUUCCUAGAAUACAUGAAAUCCGUUAAAUUUGUAAGAAUCUCGGUGACAAAUUACUUUAAUGAAACUCCCUUCAUAAAGACUGUCGGUGGUUUUUUGAACAGCAGACUGCUUAAAAAGCACAAACGUUUAGAAGAAGCAUUAAAACUUACUACGUUGUACCGUAACGGGGGAAUUGUAGUCGACACUAAUGUUAUUGUAACAGAGAUUCCUGACAUUCCUAAGCAUUGGCUAGUGCAAGAAAAAAGCAGGAGCUUAAGCUCGGCAAUGCUUUCUUUUAAAACCGAUAAAGUUAUCCUUAUUGAAGACGGCAUGAUGUUGUUAGAAGAUAAAUAUCAAAAUUAUUCUUUGUCAUCAUUUUUAACAGAUCAGUAUAACUUAUGUUUAGGAGACGGUGAUUGUCAAGACAUUGUAUUGCUGGAUAAAGAGAUUGUUAACGUGGAAUAUACUGACAAAGCGACGAAGAUCCCACCAGCGUUCGCCUACCGCGUCGUUGAUAAGGUGUUCGAACGACGAUUUCCAAACAAUUCACUGUUAGGUGUGAUUGCCAAGAAAUAUUGCCCUUUUGUGUAUAGCAAGUCAUAUUUAUUCAAAUAGCUGCUCUGUUACGUUGUUAGUAAGUUUUUAUUAGCUUUUUAAUUGUAUGGUGUUUUGUGAUCAAUAUUAUAUUUUAGGAUUCUUGGUACACAUUGCAUUUUAGUGACACGAAUCUAAUUGAAAAGUAUUGACUCGACUUACCCUUAGCUACUCAACUAAUAGGAAAGGAGCUGUGA